CGGUUCAUUCCGUCUGCGUUUUUACGCGCCAAGCUGCGAGCGGGGAAAGCUGCUCGGUUGCUGCUCCGAUGAGGAAUUUCUCUGCAAGGUCAUCUCUCCUGGCUGCCGGUGCUGCGGCGGCCGCUGCUGCUUCCCCCUGGCUGCGGAAGACCAGCUGCGAGGAAGAGUCGCCUGUGGCCGCACCUCUCUCCACCUAGGCCCUUCUCAGCCAGAAGCUGGGCGAAGCUGACGGGAGCCUUGCAACGCCAUUGCGUUCCCAUGGGGACUGUACCAGAUCCUCUGAGGGCUGCCAAGCGUCCGCUGGUCACCGCUUCCGAGGAGGAAAACGACCUGAAAAGAUUGCAGUCCUCUAAACACCAGCACAAGCAAGCGAGCAUAGAGAGCAACAGUAAUGGAUUUCCUUUCACUGCCAAGGCGCAACCCGCUGGAGAUCACCUGCUUGAAGGGAACUGCGGGGCGGAAGCGGACGCUGCAGUGGGCGAACGGCAUUGUGGGUAUGACACUGGGAAACCAAGUAUGUUUUCUCCUGGGUCCUCCAGCCCAUCCAAAGAAGACUGCCUAGCAGUUCUGGAGCGGGAAAGCAGCAGUGAUGCCGGAGCUCAAGGCCAGGACCCAGGAAAAGAACACGUUGCAGUCAAGGCAUCUGCUACCCAGGAAGCCAAUGAAAUUGUGCCAAGUGGUGCUGGAGGGCGACUUUGCAGUGCAGCAGGUAAGGCAAGCUCUCUGCCUGGAGGUGGUGGCGGAGUCACAGAGAGCAGAACUCAUGGCACGUCUUCUCCUCCUUCAGGUGCCCAGCACGCUGCUCCAACCACAAAGGAAAUUGUUGGCGAAAGGAUUGGUCCCGAAGUGACGCAGGUGCCAGACUCGGCAAAGGAACUGGAGCCUGUCUCUCAUCUUGCGCUGAAGGCCCACGGUUGCUCGGAUGUAGAGCCAAAGGGCUCAAAAGAGGCAGGCUCCAAUCCUGGCUCAAGAACUGCACCAGAGAUGGUCCCCAAACCCAGCCUUGGGAGCACACCGCAGCCUUCGUGUAGUGACAAGGCUGUGGGGAAGGUAGGGCCUGAGCCCUCCGAGUUCAAGGACACAGGGACCACGAUGGUGCAACCUGAGGGUGGGGUUGCAGGUGGGGAGGUCGCAAGCAGGACUCAUCAGGAUGCCGGGGUGCAGGCUGUAGCUAGCAUGGAAAGCAGAUCAGCGUCCACCAGCCCAAGCAUCUUUGCUGCAUUCUUACGGGAAAACAUGCCUCCCCAGGCAACACAGAAGCAAGAGCAGUUGCACAUCAUUUAUGCAGGAGCUGGCGGGAAGGAGCAAUCGGAAAUCGUCGACGACUUUGCGGCGCUUGUCCAGACAGCCGUGUCUGCUGCCACUGUGACCGAAGCCCAUAUCCAGGCAGCAGCUGCAGUAGACGGGGGGUUGGCAGUUCAGGCUGUCAAACUUCAAGAGGGCACAGCAGGCACUCAUGAUACAGCCCACUCGACUUUGUCAGGCGACGCGACGUAUCCUUGCCCACCCGCAUCUGGCAGUGUGCAAGAAACGUCGUCCAAGGUGACAGAAGCACAAACAGCAAAUGCAGCCAGCCAUCGCAGCGAUGCUUCCCAGCAGCUGCCGGACUCUUCAGUCUUGCUGAAGGCAGCACUGAUUCACCAGAUUACUGUCAAUGGCAGCGCUUCCCCGCACCCUGCGAGCAGCGAAACCAAGCUACCUCCACCUUCUGCUCUCCCAGGAAUCAAUAGCAGACCUCAGCACCUUGGACCCUCCUCUGCUGCGGAAAGCCAACAGACACCUCCAGCCUCCUGCAGCAUAUCUGAACAAGACAAGGCUCUCAGCACCACUGGUGGCACUCCCGAUAGCGGUUGCAGAGAGCAGCUGCGCACUGAGAUGGUUAGGAGUCUUGAGACAGUUCCGGCCAGCCUCCACGUGGACGUCAAACCAAAGGGGGAAGGGAAAUCCGUCCCUCUCAGUCCGAAGGAACAGGGGACAACUAACGCUGCAGUAGUGACUAUUGCACCCCCGACCAUGUGUGCCCCGGCCACGGCAAAAAUUGAGCAGGAUAAACUUCCAGACAAAGAGGCGGGGGGAUUUGGCAUUCGGAAUCUGGAAGCUGAGUCUGGGUUGAGUGGAAAUUUUGGCCCUGGCCUAGGAACCAAAAGCAACAGAACUAAGAAGGGAGAGAAGGGCAAUCUUCCAGCCUCUCCUGCUUUGCCCUUGCCAAAGCUCGGCGAGAAGAAGAAAGAAGGCAAAUCUGCCGUGGGGGGCAAAGGGCACCUGAAGCAGUCUAAGCGCGUCCGGGAUGUCGUGUGGGACGAGCAGGGCAUGACUUGGGAGGUUUACGGGGCCUCCCUUGACCCCGAGUCGUUGGGGGUCGCCAUCCAGAAUCACUUGCAGAGGCAGAUUAGAGAACACGAAAAACUGAUUAAGGCCCAAAACAGCCAGACCCGGAAAUCUGUUUCUUCGGAUACGUCUUCAAAUAGAAAACUUAAAGGGAGGCAGCACGGUGUUUUCCAAUCCAUGAUGCAGAAUUUCAGGCGCCCCAAUUGCUGCGUUCGCCCUGCUGCUUCCUCUGUGUUGGAUUGAAAGAGUUGGGAAGGCGACGAGCGUCUGUUUGUAGCCAUUUGUUUCUGUGUGUGCACAGAAAUCUGUAGAAGAUAAGCCCAGGAGCUCGGCUUUGAUGCUUGAGAUUCUGAUAUAAAGAUU